CCUCGGAUUAAGUGAAACAAGGACAAAGAGACAGGAGCGGUUAAUGCUGAUGAGCAUUGAAAGAAAGGGGAAGAAAAAGGCAGAAAAGUGAUGGAGCCCAUGACGGUGACUACGUCAGUGGUUGGACCCGACGAGUUCGACCGCAAUGCCCCACGGAUCUGCGGAGUGUGCGGGGACAAGGCCACCGGCUUCCACUUCAACGCCAUGACCUGUGAGGGCUGCAAGGGCUUCUUUAGACGCAGCAUGAAACGUAAAGCCUCCUUCACCUGUCCUUUCAACGGGAGCUGCACCAUCACUAAAGACAACCGGCGCCACUGCCAAGCCUGUCGUCUUAAACGCUGCAUCGACAUCGGCAUGAUGAAAGAAUGUGAGUUUGGUGGCUUUUAAACACUUUGAUACUCCAAAGGUACUAUCGCUCCAUAUUAGCAGUUUGUUCAUCGUUUCAACUGUGCUUCAUGUUUGAAGUAAUCCCAGAAGACUCCUGGAUUAUGAGAGGGGAGGUUGAUCAAGACUCACUUAGCCGUUACUGCUGUGUGAUGUAAUUAACCGCUGGAGACUUUGUGCUGAAGAUGUUUUCAGAAUCGGAGGUGGGGCUGUGAGGCGACAUUAUUCUAGCAUACAGGAAACAUGACAUGAUAACAGGGGAGAUUUGUUUCCUUUUUCAGCUCUUUAAGGAAAGAGUUCUGGUAAGCUGAUUUGCUGCGUCAUCAUUUAAAAAUUAAAUAAUCUUUCAAGUCACGGUUGGAACUAGAACAACAUUCCAAAAAAGUAA